ACGUCCUCGUACAGCUUCUGUGAUGGACGAGUUCACUGCAUGAACGGCCGUGACGAGGAUACCUGCUGGAGCAAACCAUGUCCCCCGGACCGCGUUGCGCAGUGCGAGUCGACGACUCUGUGCUUGUCGCUCUCUGAGCUCUGCGACGAUCAGUACCAGUGCCCGGGGGGUGAAGACGAGGACCUCAACUUCUGCAAGAGAUUUCCUUGCCCUCCGGAGAGGCCUUUUAGGUGCCGUAGCGGCAAAUGCAUCGCGGCGUCUAAGCUCUGCGACGGUAAGUUCAUGGACUGCGAUCAAGGAGAAGACGAGGCGCUGAACUACUGCCACCGACUGCACCGCUGCACUGGUAACAAGUCAUUCAAGUGUGACUACGGCAUGUGUGUGGACAACACAGCCGUGUGUGACGGCAUUUAUAACUGCCUUGACGGCACUGACGAGAUACAGUGCAGCAGAACUGCCUGUCCCGUCAACAGGCCGUUCAAGUGCGGCAACGGAGAGUGCAUCACCAUGGAUACGGUUUGUAACGGCCACAUCGACGGCUGCAGCGACGGCUCUGACGAACACAACUGUUCGAACUUCACGUGUCCACCUGAGCGGAACUUCAAGUGCAACAACGGCCGCUGUAUUGACGGGUAUUUUUUACUGGUCUGCGACGGUCGGAACACAUGUGCGGACGGCGACGACGAACUAGAAUGUGACGCUCGGUCGUGCCCUCCGGACCGCCCUGACAGGUGCCCUGGCAGCGCAGUGUGCGUCAAGGCGAACAUGUGUGACGGUGUCAACGACUGCCCCGACGGCAGUGACGAACGCGAUUGUCCAAAGAAACCAAUGAACGAAGACGACGAGUACGAAAACAAUGACAUCAACUCUGUCGAGGAUUAUAAGUACGAUGACUAUGACUAUGUGGACAUGAUCAAAAACACAGGUAUUCAACCUGAGGACACGAAUCUAGAAGAGGUCGAGGAAGCCAACGAUGAAGAGAAGCCAAUCGUCCCUCCUGAAGUGGAUAUUGUGCGUCCUGUGGAUACCACUGGUGAGCACAGCGGUAACGGUCAGAGGCACGGUUACGACUGGGACCCGAAUGCUUCCAGGGGCACGGUCGUAGAGGAGGAUAAGAAAGAGCCAGAAGACAGGGAAGAGGAAGGAGGUUCCCCCGAACCCGUUGCUGCCAAGGACCGAACAAACGGCGCCUUGAGUCAGUCUUGUGCUCUUUGUUAUGUAGUGCUGGCUUUAAGCUUCGUUGUGAUUCAAUUGAGGUCUAGGUACUGAAUUCCGAUGUCAUUUUCUUUGUAUUAUACGAAGUUUAUAUUCUCCAUCUUCUUGUGAAUGAUGGGCAGUCAAAGAAGCUAUUAUGUCUAUGCUACCAAAGCCAACGAACGUAAAUGAUGCGAGUCCAACGCUUUUGCUUCAACAUUAUUGCCAGCCGUGCCAAUUGAAAACUCUGUGCCUAAAGUGGAGAAAAUUCUCCUCCCAGCCAUGUGCCUUGAAUUAUUUUGUCUAAAUCUAAAAAAAAAUCCGGUAGUUAACUACUUAAUUUUUAUAGAUGUCAGUGUUAUUUCUCCCGAGCUGUUUUGAGCCAAAUUUUACUACAAGCCUGAAUGAUCGGUAAUUUCCUAAAGUAUUAAAUUUAUUUAGAUGUGUGUUCGUAGCUUGCCGUCACAAUGUCGAUCUAGGAAUGCACUUUUACGAUAUAAGUUUGUCUCUUCACUACACGGGUGUGCAUCGUUAUUGUAUAUUAAUUUCUUUGUAAAUAAAUCAAUUUUAGUUGUUACGGCCUGGCAAGAGAGAUGCAUGUGAAGGCAAUGAUCUUCUGAAAGCUGAAUUACGGGGCACGAAAAAUGAAGUUUUUAAUUUAACAAUAUUCAACAUCGGUCGUGCAAGCGAAAGAAAAAAGUGCCAGGAAAGAUGGUUCAUUUUGAUGCAUUGCAUCUUUUGAAGGUGCUAUUAAUUUUCUAGAGUAUCAAUUUAUUUAGUGCCAAUAUAUAUAGUACAGCUCGGCGCCGCAGUUUUGUAUAGAUGCCGUGAGCUUUGAAUCUUUCUUGUGUAGCCAUAUUGCCUCAUGGCAAUUUGAUCUAAUGCAUGGUAUCAUACGCCUAUGAUCUUUGUAUGUUUUCUAGGUUUCUGACUCAAAGGUUCUAAAUUUAACUUUAAAAUUACCUAUGACAUUUUUAAAUUUGAUAUUCGUAUAUUUGAGUUGAGUCGUCCAAUUCUUUAUUUCUCGUAGACCUCAGUUCCGGUUUUACCGCUAUAGACUUUUUUAAUCCAUUGGACUGUGCGUGGCUGGCCCGUUGUCAUCCUAACUUUUAUAAAGCCAAAUUUAUUUUAAUUGAAAUAAUUUUUCUGUAUUCUUAAUGAAAUCGGAGCUCUUUCGUAUAAUACAAGCAUGCCAUUUCAAUAUAAAUGUGGUUGCGUAAUUUUUUUUACUCAUUGCUAGCGUCGCAUUUAAACGAAACUUAAUCACAUAACCAAGGCUCACUAUAAUUAUAUUUUGUUCUUAUUAUUUUUGACGAUACUUUACUCGCAAUAGUUAUUCGUCCGGUUUUCGGUAAUUCAUAUGAGGCGAAUUACAGAAGCCACAUUGUUUCAUUUCAUUUGAGUCUACUUACUUGCAAAUGUGAUCGAAUUAUCAUCAAAAUCGUAAUUCUUCCAGGAUAUUUGACGAAAUUAGUUUAUAUUUUUACUUAGAUAUUUCAGCUAACGGACUGAAGCACUGUAUGUCACUGGAGAGAAAAUGUUUCGUUCUAGAACAAAACUCUAUUUUUAAUUCAGAUUUAUUUUGAAUAAUAAGAGAGUUCUUUCCUGCAUCGGGCCACAUGAAUCAUCAUUCUCCUACCGCAGGGCAAACCAUAUUGCAAAGGGGGAAAUUGCAUUUUUUUGCAAGAAAUAAUUUCAUCUUGUCGUUAAAUUUUUGUCAGAACCUUUGACGUAGGUUAAGCAUUGUUGGUUGGAUAAUACGUAACAGGUUUACUCUGUUUGGUUAGUACAAAUCAUUUUGUGGCAUUGAAAUUAAGACCUUUGAACUUUGAGUUAGUAGGCACGAGUUUUCGUCGUAUUAAAGUGUCCUGUGAAUGAUAA